GAUCUUACUCGUUUAUGGUUAUUUACAUGUGUAUGUACGUUGAAAGAUGGAACAUUUCAAAGAAAAUGAUCAUAAAUGAAAAGUCAGAUAUGAAAUGAAUGAUAACAAGUUAUCUGAUUAAAUUUGUGAUAUAAUAGAAUAUAUUUUUGUUAUUUAAAAUUUUUGACGUCGAUUGUACUGGACAAAUUAUCCAAUUCUUGUCAAGAUGUCAGGAAUAAAGAAUGACGCUAAUAAGAACGAUAACUUGAAAAGACAAGGUUCGUUUAGAAAAUUAUUACCUUUGAACACAAACGGAGAUUCUCAAUUAAGUAUGUCUGUGAAAAUGAUUGACAGGCCAAUUGCAUCGCAAACUAGUAAAGAAUAUACAGUAUAUUUACAGGAAUACAACAUUUUAUCAGAAUAUAGCAUGUUAUGUUCACAAGAUUUAAAGGGUAUUUAUGUCAUACCAUCUGCUCAAAAUUCUCUGAUAUGGUUCGGGGUUCAGUUUGUGCGACAAGGAAUCUAUCAAGGAGGAAUCUUCAGAUUUAAUAUUACACUGCCACAAAAUUUUCCAGAUGGAGGAUGCCCUAAAGUUACAUUUCAAACUCCAAUUUUUCAUCCUUUAAUCGAGCCUGAGUCUGGAGAAUUAAAUACAUCAUGGGAAUUUCCUGAAUGGAGAAAAAGUAACAGAAUUUGGCAGUUGAUACAAUUUAUAACAAAAAUCCUCACUAAAGUAGAUAUUAAGAUGAAUUCUGUAAAUCAUGAAGCAUCGAAUUUAUUAGAGAACAAUUUUGAAAUAUUCCGAGAUCGUGUAAAAAAAUGUGUGAGAGAAAGUUUAAACAAAGUUUAUAAUGCACCUACAGUGGAUGAUCCCCACUAUAUUACUUUUAGUCCGUAUGUUGAGGAGAUUCACAAUUCUAUCAAGAAAGAAAUUUUACAACCUAAGGAAGAAGAAGAAAGUAAAGCACUUGGAUUAUCAUGGGUACAACCAGGAUCAUUACAACCAUUUUCUAAACCUGAUGCAAGAUAAUAAGUACAUAGUUAUAUAAUAUA